UUUAGCCAAAAGAAAAUUUUCAAGAUAGUUAUAUCAAAAUUUAUUAUUAGGAAGAGUUGGUUACCCACCUAAGCCAGAUCCUUCUGUAUCCUGAAACGAUCCGCACCCUACAAAAGGCACAUACUACUCUACCCAUAUCAUCAAAUUUAGCAAAGCCUGAAGUAUCAGUACAGCCUGAAGUGAUCUCAACUUCUAAGCCAACUCAAGAAUCUAUAAUGGCACAAAGGAUUGAAAUGAGUCUUGUCCUCCUUCUGGUGACCAUAUUCUUGGCGAGAGGAGCAGCGCAGUCAAGUUGCACAAAUGUGAUAAUCAGCAUGUCCCCAUGCCUCAAUUACAUUACAGGAAACUCGUCAACUCCAUCUUCAGGAUGCUGCUCCCAGCUUGCUAGCGUUGUUCGAUCAAACCCACAGUGCUUGUGCCAGGUCCUUAAUGGUGGCGGAUCAUCACUAGGGAUCAAUGUCAAUCAAACUCAGGCUGUUGCUUUACCUGGUGCUUGCAAUGUUCAGACUCCACCCACCAGCCAGUGUAAUGCUGCUUCUCCCGCUGACUCUCCUGCAGGAACACCCGAUGAUUCAUCAAACACAGUUCCCUCAGGAAGUGGAUCCAAAACUGUACCAACCACUGACGAUGGCUCAUCUGAUGGAAACACUAUCAAGUUGUCUAUGACUCAACUCGUUGUGUUAUUUGCUGCAGCAUUUGCUACUCUUUCAGUGUGCUGAUUUUCAUUUCUGUUAUCCUAUCUAUCAGGCUACACAUAUUCCUGGAUACUCUUGGGUCUUGAUUUUUUAUGAUUGUUGUUAUAUUCCUUAAUACAUGUUAUUUAUUUA